AUGGCGGAGGAGAAGUUAACACGAUCCAAGGGCGUCGUGUCCAGGUUCAAUGACCAGAAAGGCUACGGCUUCAUCAAGCCCGACGAAGGCGGCGAGGAUCUGUUCGUCCACCAGACCGCGAUCAAAUCCGACGGAUACCGCACCCUGCGCGAGGGCCAGGUGGUCGAGUUCACCAUCAUCCUCGACGGCGACAAGACCAAGGCCACCGACGUCACCGCCCCUGGCGGUGGGCCGGUUGAUUUGACUCCUCGGAGGAGUGACAGCAGCAAUAGCCGCGGGGGAGGGUACGGAUACGGUGAUCGGAGGAACGACGGCAAUGGAUUUGGUUACCGGAGUGGCGGCGGUGGUGGAGGGGGAGAGUGUUUCACCUGCGGCCAGUAUGGCCAUAUGUCCAGGGAUUGCACCAGUGGCGGCGGCGGCGGCGGAGGAAGAGGAGGAGGAGGAGGAGCCUGUUAUACCUGCGGUGGGUAUGGGCACAUGGCUAGGGAGUGUCCCAGUGGGUCCCGCACGGGAGGCGGGAAUUGUUAUACCUGUGGGGAGGCAGGGCACUUGGCAAGAGACUGCGUGAGUGGUGGAGGAGGUGGCGCAAGUGGUGGAUACAGCCGUGGAGGUGGUGGUUUUGGAAGGUUUGGGGGCGGUGGUGGAAACUGUUUCAACUGUGGGGAGUCUGGACACUUUGCUAGGGAGUGCAAAGAACCCCGUCGAUCAUGA